AUGGCGCAACCCGAUGAUGGCACCAGCACAGAGCCAUGGCGUUCAGUAGAGGAUCUUGACGAUGGCAGACUUGCCACAGAAACCAACCCCGAGGCAGUCAGCGUGCAGAAUCCAGACCUGUCAGAAAAUCAUUUCCCUCCCUUUCAGCUACCUCAUUAUGAAGAAUCGUUUGAUGAGAGCUCAUCACAUCGAAGACUCUUUGGUGGACAUCAGUCAAUCUUUACUGAUUCGUUAGAAUCAAAUGUUACUCCCUCGACAUAUAUGAUGGAUCCUAGCCUAAACGAGCAGCGCUGGGAGGCACCAUCAUUCCCUCUACAAUCAAGCCUAGCACAUAAUUAUGCAUCACAGACCGAAGGAGGAGAAAGAGGCGAGGCGUCAGCUACGAAUACACCCAUCUAUAGCCCCGCUGGGAUGUUUCAAUGCUCUCCAACAGCUGAAAACCAGCCGCCAGGCCUCCCGAGACGACGGAGCCGGUAUUUUCGCAGCCAACAAUAUCAACCAACCCUUCCACCUCCAAUAGACAUUGCAAGCCCGACGGCGGUUGCUGAUGCUUUAGAUCCGAUGCAGAGAUGGCGCGAGUCGCCGCCCGAAACCGAGCCGGCUUCUUUGUCCGCCAUCGCUGAUGCUUUGAAACAUACACCCCUGAGAACUCUCUCCUCCUCAGCUGGAAGCCUCAAUAGCCAACGAGUUGGCAGCCGCGCAGCUUCAACUAUUAGCUUCGGGAGCGGCACCAGCUAUUCUUCGGCUUCCAACGCCUCGACUAGCUCGGCAACCUUUCGAAAUUCGAACAAUCGUUCCCGCAAUAGGGUGACGAAGCGGACUCGAGUAAAUACGGCAAAGAUGAAGGAGAAGGACCAAGAAAAGAGGAUAUUCCCAUGUACAUUCUGCUGUGAUUCGUUCAAGAGCAAGUAUGACUGGGCCAGACACGAAAAGUCACUUCAUCUCAAUCUCGAGCGCUGGAGAUGCGCUCCAUUCGGCGGCACGGUGGUUUCCCCUGAAACUGGGAGAGCACACUGCGCAUAUUGCAGCAUGCUUGAUCCCAACGCCAAGCAUCUCGAUUCUCAUAAUCACUGUGCCUGUGAGAGCCAGGGACAGACUCCCACCUUUAGCCGAAAAGAUCAUCUCGUUCAGCACCUACGGCUUGCGCACCACGUUGAAACUCUGCCCAUCAUUGACUCAUGGAAAGAUCAAGGCCCUCCAGUGUCAUCAAGAUGCGGCUUCUGUAACAUCCGCAUGCAGACCUGGCAAGACCGAAUCGACCAUUUAGCAAAGCACUUCCGCAAAGGCGCAACAAUGGACAAUUGGAAAGGAGAACACUGCUUUGAGUCUUCCGUCGCAGUAAAGGUCACACACGCAAUGCCCCCAUAUCUCAUCGGAGCCGAAUCAAGAGCCUUAAUUCCGUUCUCAGUCACCAGCCACGGGACAAAGGAUCAUCUCUCUCAGAUCCAGCAAGCAACGGAGCAGAGCCUGGGAAUAUGGGAUGGCGGACGCACGGCCUCACCUAUCAGUGGCCCCGAGCCUCCGCCCGAGUUGACAAUCCAGCCAGCGGCAUUAGAAUCGUUCAAUGAGGAAGCCAGUUCCAUGACCUUUCCCGAGGUCUUGGCAUUACAUCUAGGACGUUAUGCUCAGGAACAAAUGAGACUGGGUAUUAUUCCCACGGACAGGAUGUUUCAGGACGAGGCUAGGCGGAUCAUGUUUGAUUCUGUAGAUCCAUGGGAUCAGACCAUUGCUGAUAAUGACAAUUGGCUCUCGCUGUUUCGUGACCGUCACCUCAAAAAUACACCAGGAAACAAGGAGGAUUCAGCGUAA